AACAUGGCACUGUCUUUGUCCUCCCCUUGUGGAUGCGCCUCUGAUGAGGAGGAGGAGAUGGCUGUGUUUGAGUCCACAGCAGCAGAGCAUGGAAGCCUGGGCAGACCACGUCUACCUGAGAUCUCUGUCAUUUCUCCAGGACUGGACACUCGACCAUCUAUGGUGGAAUCAAAACUGGCAGUGAAACCUGCAGUGGUGAGACAAGGAAGUGGUGGUGAGAGUAACUCUGAGAAGGUGAUGGUUUAUCUGCGCAUUCGACCAUUUACUAAGGCGGAAGGCGAAACGGGAGAAGAACAGGGUUGUGUGGCUGUCCAAGAUGAAGAGACCCUUAUGCUCAAAGCUCCAAAGGACUCUCAGAAUAUGAGGGCUGCAGAGAGGGGUGUCACUCAGAGCAUACACAAGUUUAGCUUCUCAAAGAUCUGUGGACCAGAGACAACUCAGCAGCAGUUUUAUGAGUCCACAAUGAAGAAGAUGGUCAAAGAUGUGCUUCAAGGAGAAAACAGACUCCUCUACACUUAUGGUGUCACCAAUUCUGGAAAGACAUACACCAUUCAAGGGACUGGUCAAGAAGCUGGCCUCCUGCCUCGGGCUUUAGCGUCUCUGUUCAGAAAACUGCAGGGUCGUCUCUAUACUGCCAUGAACUUGAAGCCUGUCAUGUAUCAGGAUGUAAGACAUUUGCAGCCCAGUGAGGUCAGGGUGGAGGAAAUCCGCAGAAACUCUCUGCUUAAAGAGGAUGAGAACCAGACUUCUCGUCGAGGUGGCACUACUACAAUCUGGGAUAGCGGCAUUGGAGGACUCUCCUCCACUAGUAACAUUGCUGCCCAGCUGGAAGACAGUGACAGUAUUUGUCUGGAGCCUGACAGCCUUUCACACAGUGGAGGUGACGACCUGGAGGAAGGGGUACAGUUUUCUAUCUGGGUGUCCUUCUAUGAGAUCUACAACGAGUUCCUGUACGACCUGCUUGAUGCUGCGCCCUCCAUGCAGCCCAGAAAAAGGGCCACACUGCGGCUGAGUGACGACAAGCAUGGCAACCCCUAUGUGAAGGACCUCAACUGGAUCCAGGUCCGCAGUGCUGAGGAAGCUUGGAGAAUUCUGAGAGCUGGACGUCGUAACCAGAGCUUUGCUAGCACCCAUCUCAACCACAACUCCAGCCGCAGCCACAGCAUUUUCUCCAUCCGUGUCCUGCACGUCCGUCCAGAGGUCAAUUCAGACCAGACGAUGCACAUCAGCGAACUGACUGUGUGCGAUCUGGCGGGGUCUGAACGCUGUAAAGAGCAGCGUAAUGGUGAAAGGAUGAAGGAGGCUAACAACAUCAACACCUCCCUCUUAACACUUGGACGCUGUAUUGCUGCUCUGAGGCAAAACCAGAACAACAAGUCACGACCCCCUCAAGUGGUACCCUUCAGGGACAGUAAACUGACCCGGGUACUGCAGGGUUUCUUCUGUGGCCGAGGAACCUCCAGCAUGGUGGUCAACAUCAGUCCAUGUGCCUCCAUCUAUGACGAGACUCUCCAAGCCCUCAAAUUCUCAGCCAUUGCUACCCAGCUUGUCCAUGGCCCGUCCACAAAAACCAGAGUGGCCUACAUCCUGUCUCUCCUGCGUGAGCCAACAGCCAAUGGUAAUGACAGCACUGUGAUGGAAGAGGAUGAGGAUGACAGUGAUGUUGAAGACGGAGAUAUCACACUGUUAAAUACUGAGGCUCUGCUGCAGGCCAUCGAUGUCCUCAAGAGAGAGGUACAGCGCCAGCGGGAAGAGAAAGAAGCUCUUGAGGCAAAUGUUCGAGAGCAGGUGGUCUCUGAGAUGAUGGAGGUCAUCUCUGGAAUGCAAGAUGGUUUCCGUGAGACUUUGGAGACAGAGAAGGGUCUAAUUGAAGAGAGGUGUGAGGAAAAGAUGACUAGCCUGCAGAAACAUUUGAAGAUAUUCUACAGCCAAGAGCUAAAGGAGCGUGAUGAGGAGAUUGAAGCUUUGGCCGCUUUGCUCGAUAAAAAUAAAAUAGCUGAAUCGGCCCCCGCAUCAGUGCCACAGGGAGACCUUGAGGAGCCUAGACGUUCUCGGCGCCUCACCACUCAGAAGAAAAUGGAACUUACACUGCGCAAUGAGCUUGACCAGUGCCGCACCGAGCUGCUCACCAAGACACAAGAGAUGACAAAGCUACAGAUGCAGCUUGAAGUCCCAGGUUCAACAGGCUCUCUUACCAAUGCUGCUGAUCGUAAGCUGGAGGAGGGUCAGCGGAAUCUUCGUCAGCUGCGUCUGGAUUUGCAGAGGCUCGGGGGUGACCUGCAGUCUGGUGAACGUGCCUGCUGUCGCAACACAGGAGGGGAAAGGCUGCGCCAGGCAUUAACCGCUGCAGAUGAGACACUGGUCAAACAGGACCAGAUCCUGAUGGAGCUCCAGAAUGGCCUGACCCUGAUCAAAGCAGACUUAAGGCGAAAAGCUGAGACCCUGGCUCAGAUGCAGCCUGACCAGCCCCAGCUGCCCCCCUCGGGCUUCGCCGCCUCCACCGCACCGGGUUCAUGCAAGAAGAGGGGCUGCGCGGCUGCCGCACCAAGUGACACUGAAAACCGGCCUCCGCAAAAAAGGCCCCUUUUCCAGUCUCUGUUCCCCACACGCACACCAACACGUAAAUACAACUGCACUGUUACUGAGGCAAACAUUACCCCUUACUCACGGAUCUUGCGGUCUCGUCAGCAAUCUCCACCUCCCAGUCCGGUGUCCACCCCUCGUAGUCUCCGGGGGAAAUACUGAGAACUCUUAAGAGCUUCAGAGCAAGUGUGUAAUUGCUCAUAACUUUAUAGUAUUUUCAUACUUUUUUAAUAUAUAUAUAUUUUCACUAUUUGCAGUGGAGUUGUCUCACUGUCAUGCCAAAUACAGUUAUAAUGCCAGUAAAAUAGUUGCGCUUUAAAUGAGGUUACAAUGUAUAAAUAAGGCAAUUAAGGUGAUAUUGAGCUUUAAGGCAAAUAGUUCUUGGACUAGAUAAGAUUGUGUAAUCAACCUUCUCUGCAACUCCUGUAUGCCUUUAUGUACACUUCUGUUUUCUACAAUAAAAAAUGUUUUUUGUAGUUGAAAUAGUGCAAGAAAAAUGCUUUUCACUGUACCAGUAACAUUUUAAUAUACUGCAAUGUUUCCAUGUAUUGUACAACUUGAAUCAAAAAUACUAAAAGUCUUUGCAUAGCUGGUAUGCUUUAUUUUAACUAUUUACAUAUAUACAGUGCGUAAGCAUGGUGUGUUUGUGUGUGGGUGUGUAUGUGUAUAUAUGUAAAUAGUUCAAGGUGUCCUUUCUUUGCACUGGCUCCGUUCUCCUAAGGAUCAUUUUUUUUUGUGUUUUCUUACUGUUGACCCAACAAAGUUAUACAAAAACUGCAUGUGUAUUAAAAACUAUUCA